CAGUGUAAUCCCAGCUAAUCUGGGAUUCCGUUUCACGCUGCACUGUGGACACAACCUCAGACUGGAGAGGACUGGGAAUAUGGAGAAACAAAGUGCCCGUCUAAGUAUGCGGUUUCUCUGAUGAAGGAUGUAUCUGCUGGUCCUCGUUCACAUCCUGCAGUCCACUCUGUUGGCGGUCCAAUCCUGUCCAUCUUUAUGCGCCUGCACAUACGGGUACAGUGGAAUAGCAGAGAUCAGGUUGGUGCAGUGCAGCGACCCUGGCAUCUCGGCUGUUCCCAUCAACGUCCCAGCUGACACAGUCAAACUGCGUCUAGAGAAGACCUUGAUCUCCAGGGUGCCCCGGGCAGCCUUCUACAACCUGUCCGAGCUGCGUUUUUUGUGGCUGACCUACAACUCCGUCACGUCCAUCCACCCCAGCAGCUUUGUCAACCUGAAGGCCCUGCGAGAGUUGCGUCUGGAUGGCAACCUCCUGACCUCCUUCCCCUGGGAGGGGCUCAGGGACAUGCCCCGCCUCCAGACUCUGGGUCUCCAUAACAACCGCCUGUCCAGCCUUCCUGCCCACGCUGCUCUCUUUCUUCCCAACAUCACCUACCUCGACCUGUCCAGCAACAGGCUCACUAUAUUACCUGCUGAGCUGUUGGACCUUUGGUUUCCUCUCCCAGGACAACAGGAAAGACCAGAACAAAGAAGAGUUUUGGGUCUCCAUGACAACCCCUGGCUGUGUGACUGCCAGAUCUCCAUGGUGAUGUCCCUGUCCACGUCCCUGGCGAGUCCUGUGGUUCUCAUGGACCAGCUGCUGGUAUGCCGCAGGUCUCUGGGUCAGUCAGGGUUGCCGAUGACCCAGGCUGAGCUGUCCCGCUGUAUGAGGCCUUCGGUCCAGCCCGCAGCCACCAGAGUCAUCUCUCCACUGGGCAGCAACGUAAUCCUCCGCUGCGACGCCACCGGCUACCCAACACCAACCCUGACCUGGAUCAAAACGUCAGCCAACACUGAUUGUUGCCAACAAGACAUCCUUGAGAACUCUUACCAGCUACCCAGGAAUUUGGAAAGUUUUAUGCAGGAAUCUCCUCGAGUUGGAGUUCGCUGGUCGAUAAUCAGCCUGAAUGGGUUAUCAUACAAGGACGCUGGUGAAUAUCGCUGCCAGGCACGGAACAUGGCAGGAACAUCUGAAGCCCCAAUUAAACUGAAGGUGGUGGGAAUCUCAAGACUAUCCCCUCUGCCAAAAAAGAAGUCCAAAAAGCCUCGACCCAAAUCAUCAACGAAACACAUGAAGCCAAACAAGACUCCAGCUCCCACUAACACCCCCCCAGUAAAGGAUAAUCAGAUACACCAAAACAUUCCACCACCUUCCAUUAACAAGACCCAGACGGCUCCUAAUCUUUCGCCCAAAGUGUUCCCCAAAGACAAGUACAUUAAAAGGCGCAAAAUGAACUUAACAAAUGCAAAGGCCCCAACAUCCAUCAGGUCUACACCUGAGCCCCCAGGAAACUCUACAACUGCUCCAUUGUCAGAAAAACUUGUAUAAGAUACGCUCAAGUUGGUCUGCAUCAGUAACUUGGUUGAUUUUAAAAAGGUUAUUGGAAAGCAAAUCAAUCAUAACUGUUUGGGAACCUCUAGUUUUAGUGUUCCAGGCUUUUUUGGGGUCAUUCUGCACUGCAAAAUAAAAUUGUUGAUAAGCUGUCCUGUAAAUUGAACUUGUUUGUAUGAAUAAAAUGUUUGACACAGGA